GGUCGCCGUCGCGUCCGUGGCGGGCGCUGCCAUCAACCGCAUCACAGGCAGGCGCAGCGAUGACGACGAGCGUCCUGCCAUCGCGCCGCCCGCGCCCCGCACGCCGCAGCCCGUCAUCGCCAGCGCCCUGGAGGCCGCCGGACCCGCCCGCGCAGGCCGCGCGCUGCGCGCUCUCCCC